CUGGAGUUCAUUUUAGAAGAAUCUUGUGUCUAUUACAUGGCAAAAGGCAAUCAUUCAUCAGUGACUGACUUCAUCCUCCUAGGGCUCACAGAUAAUCCGGAACUUCAAGUCAUUCUCUUUGGUGUAUUCUUACUGAUUUACUUAGUUACUGUUAUGGGUAAUCUUGGUUUAAUUGUGCUAAUCCAAAUCAGUCCUCAGCUUCACACACCAAUGUAUUUUUUCCUUAGCCAUCUGGCUUUUGUGGAUUUUUAUGGUACCUCUGCUAUCACUCCAAACACCCUUGUCAACUCUUUGCGUGAAAUUAAAAGCAUGUCAUUUUAUGCAUGUGCCACUCAAGUGUGUUGCUUUAUCACAUUUUCAGUUUGGGAAUUAUUGUUGCUCUCUGUCAUGGCGUAUGAUCGGUAUGUUGCCAUCUGCAAACCUUUACUCUAUGUAGUUCUCAUGCCUAGGAGGCUCUGCAUUCAAAUGGUCACUAGCUCAUAUAUUUAUGGAUUCACUGUGGGACUCAUACAAGCAAUGGCCACAUUCCGCAUGUCUUUUUGUGACUCUAAUGUGGUUAACCAGUUCUACUGUGAUGAUGUUCCUCUGAUUGCUCUGGCUUGUUCAGAUACACAAGUCAAGGCGUUGAUGUUGUUCAUUAUUGCUGGGUUCAAUGUUUUUUGUUCUCUUAUCGUUGUUCUCAUCUCCUAUGUUUUUAUUGUCUUUGCUAUCCUAAGGAUCCACUCUGCUGCAGGAAGACAGAAGGCCUUUUCUACCUGCGCUUCUCACGUGUUUUCUAUUUCCAUAUAUUAUGGGACCCUCAGUUUUAUGUACCUACAGCCUAAGUCAAGCCAUGAACUAGAUAAAGACAAAUUUGCCUCAGUAUUCUAUGCAGUGGUGAUUCCCAUGCUAAAUCCAUUGAUCUAUAGCUUGAGGAAUCAAGAGGUAAAAAAUGCUAUGAAAAAGAUUAUUAAAAAGAUGUACUCUAGUAAUCAGUAG